UGUGGGAACCCCUGGACGUGUAUUUGACAUGCUAAGGAGACAGUCUCUCCGCCCUGAUCACAUUAAGAUGUUUGUAUUGGACGAGGCUGAUGAAAUGCUUUCCAGAGGCUUCAAGGAUCAGAUCUACGAUAUUUUCCAGCUCUUGCCUCCUAAGAUUCAGGUUGGUGUUUUCUCUGCCACAAUGCCUCCUGAGGCCCUUGAGAUCACAAGGAAGUUCAUGAACAAACCCGUGAGGAUUCUUGUGAAACGUGAUGAACUGACCUUAGAAGGUAUUAAGCAGUUUUAUGUGAAUGUGGACAAGGAAGAAUGGAAGCUUGAGACCCUUUGCGAUUUGUAUGAAACCUUGGCCAUCACACAGAGUGUGAUAUUUGUGAAUACUCGUCGCAAAGUUGAUUGGUUGACUGACAAGAUGCGAAGCAGAGAUCAUACAGUCUCGGCCACUCAUGGUGACAUGGAUCAGAAUACUAGGGAUAUUAUAAUGCGCGAAUUUCGUUCUGGUUCCUCUCGUGUUCUCAUCACCACCGAUCUUUUGGCCAGAGGAAUUGAUGUCCAACAAGUUUCCCUUGUCAUAAAUUAUGAUCUCCCCACUCAACCUGAGAAUUACCUUCAUCGUAUUGGACGUAGUGGGAGGUUUGGUAGGAAGGGUGUUUCAAUCAACUUCGUAACCAGCGACGAUGAGAGAAUGCUGUCUGACAUUCAGAGGUUUUACAAUGUGGUGAUUGAGGAGCUCCCAGCAAAUGUUGCUGAUCUCCUGUAACCAGCUUUGGACAUUCAGAGGUUUUACAAUGUGGUGCUUUAGCUGUGUCGCGAAACUUCCCCUCCUUUCUUUUUCAUCUUCUUGAUAUCCUUCUUACCUUUUGUUUGUUUAGUAGUUUCUGUGAUUCUGAACUAAUGAGUAAUGCAUAUUAGCAUUUUGUAAUCCAUCAUCCUAUUUAGUGGUGGGCUUUUGCUAGUUUUUGACAUCCAAAGUUUUUGUAUUUGAAGAAUGAUAUCGAGUACAUUUUUAAUUUGCAUUUUGGAA